CCAUUUCCAACUACUCGUCCUGCCCUUUUACCUCGAUAUCGGCCCUAAGGAUCGCCGAGAGCUUCAUCCCUCAUCUCCUUCGCCGCCCAGCUCCGUCGCAAUGACUCUCCUAGUGGAGAAAACCUCCUCUGGGCGCGAGUAUAAGGUGAAGGACAUAUCCCAGGCCGAUUUUGGCAGGCUCGAGAUCGAGCUCGCUGAGGUCGAGAUGCCAGGUCUCAUGGCUUGCCGCGCAGAGUUCGGCCCCUCACAGCCAUUCAAGGGCGCACGCAUCUCCGGAUCCCUUCACAUGACCAUACAGACCGCCGUCCUCAUCGAAACAUUGACCGCCCUUGGUGCCGAAGUCCGGUGGUGCUCCUGCAACAUCUUCUCCACCCAGGACCACGCUGCGGCCGCCAUCGCGCGAGAUUCUGCCGCCGUGUUUGCCUGGAAGGGCGAGACUCUACAGGAGUACUGGUGGUGUACCGAGCGCUGCCUCGAGUGGGGUGCCGGAGGUGGCCCCGAUCUCAUUGUUGAUGAUGGCGGCGAUGCGACGCUGCUCAUACACGAGGGUGUCAAGGCGGAAGAGGAGUACGAGAAAACCGGGAAGCUACCAGAUCCAGCAUCCACGGACAACGCCGAGUUCCAGAUCGUUUGGCUUAUUAGCGAUAGCAUCAAGGUGGAUCCCAAAAAGUACUCGAAGAUGAAAGAGAGACUGGUUGGUGUCUCGGAGGAAACAACCACCGGAGUGAAAAGGCUGUACCAGAUGCAGGCCAGUGGGUCUUUGCUCUUCCCAGCUAUUAACGUCAAUGACUCCGUGACCAAGAGCAAGUUUGAUAAUCUAUAUGGUUGCCGCCACUCUCUACCCGAUGGUCUAAUGAGAGCCACUGAUGUCAUGCUUGCCGGAAAGGCCGCCGUGGUCUGCGGUUAUGGAGACGUUGGAAAAGGCUGUGCUGCCGCCCUAAAAACCGCCGGAGCUCGCGUCAUCGUGACCGAGAUAGACACCAUUUGUGCUCUCCAACCCCUAAUGGAAGGCAUUCCUGUCCUCACCCUCGAAGACGUAGUGGCCGACGCCGACAUCUUCAUAACUGCCACCGGCAACAAGGACAUCAUUAAGGUCGACCACAUGAAGAAGAUGAAGAACAAUGCCAUCGUCUGCAACAUCGGCCACUUUGACAAUGAGAUCGAUAUGCUGGGCCUUGAGGCCGUGCCGGGAAUCAAGCGAAUCACGAUUAAGCCACAGACGGAUCGGUGGGUCUUUCCUGAUACGAAUAAGGGCAUUAUUUUGCUUGCCGAGGGCCGUCUUAUAAACCUGGGAUGUGCGACUGGGCAUCCGAGCUUCGUGAUGUCGUGUUCCUUCACCAACCAGGUGAUAGCACAGCUGGAGCUGUGGAAUGAAAGGUUGUCUGGGAAGUAUGAGAAGAAGGUUUAUGUGUUGCCUAAGCACUUGGAUGAGAGGGUUGCGUUGCUGCACCUGGGGAAGCUUGGGGCUAAGCUCACCAAGCUCAGUCUAGCACAGGCUGAGUACAUCAGUGUGCCUGUUGAGGGACCUUACAAACCUCCUCACUACAGGUACUAAGAUGUUGAGAGAUAUUGAGGGGAUUAAGUAAAAUGUUUCAAAAUAAUAAUAGCACCUGAUGCUGAAUAUGAAGACUUUGUUGGUCUUCGUUAUCAUAUUGUUCUGAUAUAUUUGUUUUGAGGUUGUUUUCUAGUUCUAUUUAGCAAUGGUUUAGGCAUUUUUGUUGAGUGGAACAGUGUUGUAAGGUGCUGCUUUUGCUGGGAGGGGGUAAAUUUGGAGUUUGUAUAAUAAUUAUUUUGAUCCUCUAUAAAUAAAAAUAAUAGCUAAUUCUAUUUGAUA